AUGUCUGACGACCCAGUUGCCGAGUUUUUGGCCCGCGAAGAUGGAGCGUUGGACGAAGAAGUGAAUAAUGCUCCAGAACCAGGUACGUGUUUUACAGUUUACGAUAUAUUUUGAGUUUAGUCGUGAACGGCGUGGCACCGAACGGUCUUCAGAAUGGGCACGAUGAUUCGGGAGUGGAUUUGGUUGCACAGUCAGGUGAUUUAAGUCCUCCGGCUGUUUCACAGCCACAAAAUGGUGAUACAUCGUCUUCCUCUGACUGGAUACAUGUUUCAAAUUCAGGUCGCGGCGCUAGUCCAGCCAGUUCUGUCCAUUCGUCCAGUAACCACAGCCAGUACGUGCAGUCCUACCAGGAAGAGCCAGAAUCGAUCAAAAAGUGGAGAGAACAACAUCUGAAGGCCAUCAAAGAGAAAGGUCAGUUGUCUUAGAGCGUACAUGACCUUGUUUUAGACGAACUGGAAGAGAAGCAGAAGAGUGAGUUGAGAGAACAGGCCAAGAAGGAACUGGAGAACUGGCACAAACAGAAGGAAGUUGAGAUUGCGGAAAGGAAGAAACAGAACAGGUAAGAACAAUGAGUAUUGAUUGGAAAAGGCGGUCAAAACUGUAAAUCGCAAUAAAAUUAUUCUUUUUUAUAAAAGGUUUCAAACAAAAUUUUGAGAUAUGCCUUCUGAAUCUAUAACUGUAAGGUUCGUUCAGCUUUUUUUAAGAUUAUUAUUAACUUGUGGAACGAAGUCACUGUCUUCUUUAUGUCAGAUUUUUAUCAGUUGCACUUUAACAGACAUUUAAAAUUGAUCGUACUUUCAGAGUAGCAGAAGAGAAGCUGAGUAAGAACCUGGUGGAGUCCCAAAGUAACGGCCAAGGCUGGUCUGAGAUUGCCAAGUUGAUUGAUACGGGAAAGCCGGCUAAGAAUGCUGUCGACACUUCCCGUAUGAAGGCGUUGAUUCUGGAGCACAAAGAUGAGACGGUUGCUUGA